UCUCCCAUGUAAGAUGUCUGCGCCCAUAAGACGAUGUUGCAGAAUAAUAAGAAUAGCUGUAAUACCAAAAUCACGACAAUAUUCAUCCACAGUUUCUGGUAGAGAUGUGUAUGAUUUGGUAGUUAUAGGAGGAGGAUCUGGUGGAUUAGCAUGCUCUAAAGAAGCUGCCCAUUUUAACAAGAAAGUUGCAGUAUUGGAUUAUGUAAAACCUUCUACACAAGGAACAAAAUGGGGUCUUGGAGGAACCUGUGUAAAUGUGGGAUGUAUACCCAAAAAGUUGAUGCACCGGGCUGCAUUGUUGGGGGAAUCAAUCCAGGAUGCCAGUGUGUUUGGAUGGAAUGUUCCAACAGAUGUACAGCUUGACUGGAAUAAGAUGUCUGAACUUGUACAGAAUUAUGUCAAGUCUUUAAAUUGGGGCCACAGAGUACAGUUGAAAGACAAAAAUGUAGAAUACAUCAAUGCUUAUGGAACAUUAUUAGAUGCCAACACCAUUAAAUAUGUAGAUAGUAAAGGAAAAGAGAGGCUGUUGACAGCAAAGAAUAUAGUGAUAGCUUCAGGAGGAAGACCACAUAUUCCAGAUGAGAUUCCUGGAGCUUUAGAACACAGUAUCACCAGUGAUGAUAUAUUUUGGUUAAACAAACCACCAGGAAAAACAUUGGUAAUUGGUGGAAGUUAUAUUGCUUUGGAGUGUGGGGGAUUUCUGACAGGAAUGGGCUUUGAUACAACUGUAAUGGUCAGAUCUAUAUGUCUACGACAUUUUGACCAGCAAAUGGCAAAGCUUAUAGCAGACUAUAUGGAAAAUCAUGGAACAAAAUUUCUGAAAAAGUGUUGUCCACAAAAAAUAGAAAAAUUAAGUGAUGGUAGAUUAGAAGUAUUUUACACAGAUAAAAAAGGAAACACAUGUUCUGAUAUAUACGACACAGUAUUAAUGGCUGUAGGCAGAAAACCAGAAACCUUAGGAAUAAAUUUAGAAUCUGUUGGUGUUGUAACAGAUCCAGACACCAAUAAAAUAGUAGGAAACCAUGACAAUGACCAUGAAAGAAGUUCUGUGCCAAAUAUUUAUGCAAUAGGAGAUGUCUUACAUGACAGACCAGAAUUGACACCAGUGGCCAUAAAAGCUGGAAGAUUGUUGGCUGAGAGGCUGUUUGGUGGAUCCAAAGUGAAAAUGGAUUAUGAUAAAAUUCCUACCACUGUGUUCACACCAUUAGAAUAUGGUGUUGUUGGUUUAUCUGAAGAUGAAGCUAUACAGAAGUUUGAUGAAGAUAGUAUUGAGGUUUAUCAUGCAUUUUACAAACCACUUGAGUUUGCUCCAGUAGGGAGAGAUGUGUCACAGUGUUAUAUAAAGGUAAUAUGUAUGAGAGAUGGAGGAAAAGUUUUAGGUAUACAUUUUCUGGGACCUAAUGCUGGAGAAGUUAUACAAGGUUUUGCUGCAGCAGUAAGGUGUGGAAUUUCUUGGCACGACUUGUCCAGAACUGUAGCAAUUCAUCCAACUAGUGCUGAGGAAGUGGUUAAAAUGACUAUUAAUAAAAGGUCAGGCCUUGACCCUACUGUUACGGGAUGCUGAGGUUAAAGUUCACUCCUUUUACUAUUUACUAUCCUCUGAUAACGUGAGAAUCUCCUAAGUAUUGCGAAAAAUAUUUUGUAAGUAUUUUUGUAUGAAUUAUGAAUUUUUUUUAUAUAUGUGCAUGAACAAGAAUUAAAAAGGGAUAUUUUAUGAAUUUGAAUUAGAGUAUGAAAGUGAUGAUGUAUGUAAUGUAAUAUUAAUAAGACAGAGUAAUUACCUUAGUUCUAUGUAAGUUGCUUCAUAGCCUGUGAUAAGUUCAGAGGAGGCAAUUGACCUUUACUUGCCAUCUGCUAUUUUUUUUUUUUAUUAUUAAGAUUUUAUUUCAACCAUUAAAGAUAGCACAAUCUGAUUAAAACCAGAUUUUUCAUUUUCUUUUUUUUUUUGCAUGUGUAAGAUCUGAAAACAACCAAUAUUUGAGCAAAAGCAAUCAUGUAACUUAAAAGAAAACUGGUGCUAAAAUUUGUGUCUACUACUCCUUUUAUAUUUUGUUGUGUGUGUUCUCUUUUACACUGAACAUUUGAGUCACAUAUAUAUACCGCAUCUGGGACAUUGGAAGACCGUUUCUUUUAUUUAUAGUGCUACGGUAUUUGCUUGCAAAAAGUCUAAUUGCCCUCAACCUUUAAAAUCCCAUGUAAUUUUAUAACAAAUAGUACAAACUCCUUUCUUUCCAAUUUUGUGUUCUGAAGAAUUAUGACUUUAUAUUUGAUGAGGGUCUUUAGGGGGCCUUUAUUUAUGUAUUCUUAUUUUUCCCCAUUUUUCUCUAUUUUGAGCACCUCAUUAUUAUCUAUUCUUUAUUUUGUUGCUGCAAUUUUCUUUUAUGAAAUUGAUGUCUUUGUUUUUCAUUUCUGUUAUGACUUUUGAAAACUUAAAAGUUAUACAUGUUUAGAGUUAAAUUUGUGAGUAUGUAGUAGAGGAGAAGUGACUUUUGAAUAAUUAAAAAAAAACAAAUAAAAUGUUCAUUGUACAUUAACAUUAGUUAAAACAUUUUCUUACUGAGAGAGAAAAGUAGAGUUUUGUGUGUUUUUUUCUUAUAUAUAAUUGAGAACAUAUGCAUGCAUGUCUGUUUGUGUGAUAAAAAGUCAAAAACUGAUCUUUUGUAUUAAAAUACUACUUUUCUUUCACUGAUUCUAAAGAGCAGGAUUCUUGUAUUGCAAUUUUGUAUUUGUAAAUAUUUUGUAUACCUUGUUUACUCUUUGUUAUCAGAGGAUGUGUAUUAGGAGUGUAUUUUUAUUAUUAUAUGUUUAUCCUGCAUGACAACUUUACCUUAAGGUGCUGCCAUAGCAACAGGUAUAGUUUGAUGAAAGGAUAAUUCAAAUUCAGCCAAUCAAAAUGUAUAUUUUAAUUCAUUACUAAAUUCCUUUAUUCUACAUACUGUGGAUUCAUUUAUUUUGUAGAUUGAGGUCAACUUGCAUUUUCGUCGAUAUUUGAUUUCAUGGCUUAACCAAAGUCUGCAUACAAGCCUAUAGACAAUUUGUAAUUCUUUGAAAAGUUAAAUUCGUGGUUCACCUUUAUCAAUAAAAUGUACGAAAAAAUUGGGUGUCCCAAGAAUAAUGAUAAAUCCAGAGUAUGGAAUUUUCCAAAAGUUGCAAUUUUUUGAAUUCAAUGAACAAAUGAUGGAUAUAAAAAGGUUCACUGUUGAUUAUUGGAAAAAUGUCCUAAACAACUGAUAUUUAUAACCCAAUGUAUCAUUUUGCUAUAUUUAGGUUGUAAUCAUCUGUAAUUGUCAGGUGUAUGACCAUUCUCAUUUUACUGUCUCUAAACCCGAUAUUAUGACAUUUGACUGCAUAUAGUUAUGUUACAUUGUAUUAUAAAUGUUUUGUAAUUUAAUCAUGAGCAAAUUUGAACAUUGUUUGAUACUUAUUUAAGCAUGACAAAAUUGAGUUCUAUUCAGGAUUGUUAUUGUUAAGUUGUGACUUUUUUUUCUUUCUCAGUGAAAAGACACUACAUUUAAAUAUGAUAUUUUGUUUAUUCAUGUUUUAAUAUUUAAUUUUAUGUCUACUGCUGAAUUAAAUAUAUAUAUAUAUUUGCAAGUUUGAGAUUAAAUUUGUUACAUUUUGUUAGCAUUUAGAUUAUCUCAUGCAAAGAUUCUGGCUAAGAGAUAAGAGCUUAAAUAUCUUGUGGUUUAAAUAUCGUUCCUGUUAGAAUUUGGCUGGAUGUAUUUGUCAAUUUAUACCUAUCCUUUCUUAAGACAAUAAUUAAAUAAACAUGAUAUAAAUGCUUUUAAAUUAAGCCCUCUGGUCUCAAAAACAAUUAUCUUUGUUGUUUAAUUUAUCCUGCUUGUUUAAUAUAUUGCUUCUGUUAUAUCAAUGUAUUAAGGAUUUUCUAUUGUUUUUUUUUCAAAUAUAGAAGUAAAUUUAUACAAUUACAAAUAUUUCUAAUAAGAAUUGUAUGGAAAGUAAAUUUGAAAUACUUAUAAUUUUUUCAGAAUAUGUAUUGUUUUUAUGAAAGUUUUUUCAGUGCAAAUGAAAUAUUUUUGUUUAUGACUGAUUAUUAUUGUCAGUGUCUGUUGUACAUCUUUUUAUACCUCUUAUCUUUUCUUGAGAUGAUAUAUACUAUUAAAAAGACUCUCUGUUUAUUUAGUUUUAUUAAAAGGUACAUUUGUA